GGGCUGGGGAAGACACAGCCUGUGUUCUCAGGAGAGGCCUGAGCAGAGUCUGGGCCAAAGUCAGCACGUGGCCUGGUCCAGCCCCUGGGGUCCGGUCCUGGCUGUCGGUGGUGAAGGCGUUGCCCCCAUGAGCCUGACUUUAAGGAGGAGCUGACUCCAGAAUUAGUGACCGAGCUGGACAAAGGUGACAAACCCAGUCCUGGAGAGAAGAGAGAGGUGUUUGAGGGUGCGCGGCUGGAAGGGGUGGAGUCUGGCUUCCAUUCUGGUUUGUCCGGUCUCAAAACUCAUACUCCACACUAUUUCUCGUGUCCUUUCACACUGUCCUGGGUUCCUCCCUCCCCACGAGACCUUCACACUCCCUUCUCUUGACCCUGCCAGUAUCAGUCAAGGGUUCAGAGAUUGAAGCAGACAUGAGUGGUCCCCAGCCUUUGGAAGAGGAAGCGUACGACAUGUCGGGGGCCCGCCUGGCCCUGACACUAUGCGUCACCAAGGCACGGGAAGGUUCUGAGGCAGACCUGGAAGCCCUGGCUCGGAUGUUCAAACAGCUGGAAUUUGAGAGCACCGUGGUACGCGACCCCACGGCUCAGCAAUUCCAGGAAGAGUUGGAGAAAUUCCAGCAAGCCAUAGAUGCCCGAGAAGACUUUGUCAGCUGUGCUUUUGUGGUGCUCAUGGCACACGGGCUGGAAGGUCAACUCAAGGGUGAGGAUGACCAGAUGGUGAAUCUGGAGAACCUCUUCGAGGUGCUGAACAACAAGAAUUGCUUGGCGCUGAGGGCCAAGCCCAAGGUGUACAUCAUACAGGCCUGUCGGGGAGAACAAAGAGACCUUGGAGAGACAGUAGGAGAUGACAUUGUUGUGAUACUGACAAAAGAUGGUCACCAGACCAUCCCAACUUACACAGAUGCCCUGCACAUCUACUCCACCAUGGAGGGGUACAUCGCCUACAGACAUGACCAGGAGGGCUCCUGCUUCAUCCAGACCCUGGUGAAAGUCUUCACGGAGAAUACAGGAUCCAUCCUGGAGCUUCUGACUGAGGUGACCCGGCAGAUGGCAGAUGCUGAGUUGCUUCAAGAAGGAAAAGCGAGGAAAGUAAACCCCGAAAUCCAAAGCACCCUUCGGAAAAAGCUCUACCUGUAACAGAAGCAAAGAAGGACUCUCUGGUUCCCUCUCUCCUCUCCCUCUCUCUGUCUCUCUCCUCUCCCUCUCUCUGUCUCUCUCUCUGUCUGUCUGUCUCUCUCUCUCUCUCUCACCUAUGAAUACUGACAAGCAUCAUUCAUUGUGUCCCCCACAUUUUCUCUUCCCAAAAGAAGGCACCUCUGUCAUCACAUCCCAAGUAGGGCUUCUCCCUCAGUCGGGACUUUUAACUUGUGGCCUGUUGAAACUGACUCGAAAGCAUGACAGUUAACUUCCUUCGUCACUUCUUCUACAAAAGAGGCCAUUCAUUCAGUGAUAGCACUCUCUACUCUAUACUCAACCCAUUUAAGGAUGGGUGGAUUCAUGGAUGGAUGGAUGAUGGAUGGAUGGAUGGAUGGAUGGAUGGAUGGAUGGAUGGAUGGAUGGAUGGAUUCAUAGAUUCAUGGAUGGAUGGAUUCAUGAAUGGAUGGAUGGAUGGAUGGGUGGAUUCAUGGAUGGAUGGAUGGAUGGAUGGAUGGAUGGAUGGAUUCAUAGAUUCAUGGAUGGAUGGAUUCAUGGAUGGAUGGAUGAUGGAUGGAUGGAUGGAUUCAUAGAUUCAUGGAUGGAUGGAUUCAUGGAUUCAUGGAUGGAUGAAUUCAUGGAUGGAUUCAUGGAUUCAUGGAUGGAUGAAUUCAUGGAUGGAUUCAUGCAUUCAUGGAUGCAUGGAUAGAUGGAUAGAUGGAUGGUUUCAUGGAUGGAUGGAUUCAUGAAUGGAUGGAUGGAUGGAUGGAUGGAUGGACCACUUAAAAAUCUGUCCCGUCUAUAAGUCUUAAUCUGCCUAGAAUAUCCAAAAAGACAUCAUGACACUUCAUUGUGUGGACACCAAGUUCAGCCUCCACUCUCCCUCCUCUCAUGCCCUUACAGCUCCAAUGCCUACCAACCAGCGACUGAACUCAUCCACCAUCUCCCUCACCGUGAACUCACCCUUGCAGUAAGACAGGUGCCUUCUCGUUCUAACCCUCGCCUCUAAAGCCUAUGCUGUCACUACUUUCCUCUAAGCGGAAGCAUCCUGUCCCCACCCCACACACACACACCUAUGAACCUCUCUACCUCUCACCCCACCUAUUCCAGGAAACCAUUCCUACUCUGCUCUCUAGUUGAUGCCAUGCUCUCGCUGAGGAGACCAUGGCUCCAAUGUCUUGAGGAUGGAGAACAAGUCUUUUGAUCAACGUUCAAUAAACAACUGUCAAAUUAAAAAAAA